GACCACCUUCAGCUUCCAGGGCUUUUUAAGCAAUAGCAAACCAAAAUCUGUCCAACCAGCAGCUCCCACCCACUGUGAGAGGAGCAGUGAGCCUGAGGGGAUUGAGGGAGACACUGCUACGAAUCUUGAAGAACACAGUGAAAGUGUAAAAGGAAGUGAUGCAAAAGGCAAAAUUGUUAGUAUCGUACUGGGAGGUCCUAAAGAGGCACUAUUGUCAUCCUCAGUAAGAAACGUGAGUAAUAAUGAUCUAAAGAAUGCGCAGAACAACAUUGCAGUUAAUGAAAAUCUUGAAGCGUUUCACAAACAUAAAGGACAGGAGCAAGCUAAGACUGAAACUGUAACUGACAAACACAGCAGCCCUGAGGAUCUAUUUUCAGUAGAGACCAUUACAGAAAAAAAUGUUGUACUUCAGGAAAUUGUUCUACAACAAAUAGGAGGAAGUGACAGGGCUGUGGUGUGUCCAGAAGGUGACUCCAUUUUGUUUGAUGGAAACGGAGAGAAAAAAACAGAGGUCUUGGGCCCCACUGAAGACAAAGUGGAUGGGAGGGAUGCCAACCAUGUGGAAUACGAUGUAACUGUAGCAGCUAAAAGACAAGAAACAUGUCAAUGCAGUUCAGAAAGCUUACCAAGUGACAGUGCACAGCAGGAAUCUGAACCACUGGGAGGUGUUUUGGACAAGCUCUCUGUUAAGUCUGAAGUCCAACCUCUCUCCUCUCUUAUGCCAUCUCAGGUUGCAAGCUCAGAAACAGAAAGCAUUGUCCCCAGUAACUCUGAUAAGAGCAUAUGCAUGUUCCAGCAUGUGAUGUUGGAUGGAUGUUCUCAGACAAAACCUGAAGUCCACACUGGUAAGAUGCAAUGUCAGAUGUUUUCAGAUCAUGAUGGUAGACCGGUCACAGGGAUUGCCAUGAGUGAUGUGGAUACAGAGGGCCCUGCUUCUGCUGCUGUGAACGUGUGUGUUUCAGUGGAAGAAAUCCUUCCCUCAGUCAGCAUUCAAAACAAUGCCGAAGUGCCUGUUGUGCUCAGGCCUCCCGGCCCUAUGCUGAGUCACUGGGAGUAUAUUAAUGACUCUGAUGUUCCUGUCUCAGGAGAGGAAAUACAGUUCAUUUCUGACCAUAUUCACAUCAACAGUCUUAGCAAUGGCAGUGAUGUUAGAGGAGAAAUGAAAGGUGAGAUUUUAAAAGAUAAAACUUUAGCAAAAAGAGAUGAGCAUAAUUUGGCACUGGAGACAAAGGGAGAGAAAGAGGAAAAGGAUUAUGUCUGCUCCCCUACAGGAGUCUUAAUGCAGGAUGUGCUGACCAUGCCUGCUUCUUCCCUGCUGGAGGCCCGGUUAGCACCUAAUGAAUCACCACUGAAGGGAACUAGUUUGGCACCAGGCAACCUACAUAGUGAUAAAAAUGCAAAUGUGAAUAAAGAUGAGCUAGAUGAGGAUACCAGAGAUGGAAAGCCUAAAAUGGAUGUUACAUUGAAGCCAUCAGAGAAACAGGUGAAAGCUGAUCUUGAUCAAAAAUCAAUCUCUACAACUGCAUUGGACAUAACAAAACCUUAUAUUUCAGUACAGGACACUGACCAAAAUGCUGAAACUCAGUUAAUCAUUUCCCAUGACAGUGAUGACAAUUUUUUUUAUAAAUCUGAUGCAAUUUCUAAAUCCAGUAUCACUGAACUGAAGAUGUCAGCAGCAGAUAGUUUUGAUGUCUCUUUUGGAAAAUGCAUCUUAGAAUCUGAGGAUAGCAUGAUCAAUAUUCAAUCCUCACAAUCUGCUAGUGCUAAACAGAAUUCCUUAACAGAGAUCAAAACCUCUGGCUCUGAGGAAUCAUGUGAGAUUGAUUCUUUUGAAUCACUGUCCAGAGUGACAACACAACUGAAUGCCUCUGACAGCAACCUUGAUCUAAGUCAGGUGCCUACAGAAGAUGCAUGUAGCUUUGUCAAGGCUGCCACAGUCAUUGUUGCUGGGACACCCAUUCAACAACUUGGUUUUGUAAACACAGAAGAAAUGAAUCAAACACAUUAUGAAGGAGAAGAAAACAUGAUAAAACCUGAACAACUUGAAAUACAACAGUGUGCAAAAGAAGCCAACUUAAAAUUUAUUACAGUAAAACAAGAUGAGCAAUUAAUCAAAACCCAAAGUUCAGCAAAGGAGGAAGAGGCUAGAAAGCUUAAAGAACUGAAAAACACAGACAGGACAAAACUCCUUGAAGAGCAAAAGGAGAUGCCUAAGAAGGAGAUGGAAAGUGUACAUACAAAUGAGAAACAGAUAUUAAUAAAUGUGGAUCAUGAUGGGGUACCAAGAGAAAAAACAGACCUCAGAGAAGAAAAACACUUUGAGGAAACAUUUCCAGGAAAACCUUUGAAGGCUACUGUUCUGUCCGAUCCUUGCUUAAACUUCACAGGGUUCAUAAAGGAAGCCCAGAGCUGUGGUGAGGCUUUGACUGAGGAUACUCAUCCAUCCAUGGACCAGAACCUAUCUGCAGCACUGCCCCUGGUUGAAGAGGCAUGCUGUGAGACCACCUACACAUACAAUCAAAGUGCGCUGAGUGAAUUAGAUUUGGCACCUUGCCUGGAUUCUCAGCCUUCAGGCCUGCAAUGUCCAUGGGAGAACAUGGAUGACCAAGAAACAGAGUUAAAUGAGGAUUCAGAGAAGGAUGAAGGUGUUUGCUUGGAAAACGCUAAGGUUAGCUAUCUUAGCUUUGAAGAGCAGGCCAAAGGGAAUUUGGAAAGUGAAACAGGAGUUGAGAGUUCCUGUAGUGGCUUGGAGAAAGUGGAGAGAAUCACAUUGCUGGGAGGUGAUGACAAUAGCAAUGUUGAGGGCGAAAAGUGUCAUGAUGGAAAGAAAAGUGAAAAGGAGCCUAAAUGUAAACCAAAACAUCUUGAAAGUGUCUCUUCCAUUAUUAAAAGUAUGUCUAAUAUUAUGAGUUAUUCUGCAGAAGAAGACGAAAACCAAGAAGACCAGCGGGUGGAGAUAGACAAUCAAGAGUGUAAGACACCAGGCAGUUCAACAGCAGCUCCUGAAAAUACAGGAGUCAAACUCGAUCUUAGAGAAUUACUAGUGUCUGUCAUCAAUGAAUCACUUGAAAUGGAGAGCAAAUCUUCAGAUUUUACUAGGGAAUCACAGGUCAGUGGGAAGCCUGUGGAUCUGGAAAGAGCCACACCUACCAAUAAAGUAGUUCAACUGGCCAUAAAUGAUUCAACUAAGCCACUUGAGAAUUCCCACACCUCACACUGUGAAUUUGAGCACAAAACAGAGGAUCAGUGUUUCAGCAUCACCCAUGACAACAGCAGGUGUACUGAAGUAUGCACCAGUGCUCAAACUGAUGAUAUAGUGCCUUCUGUUUCUGGAACUCUUGAAACUCUGUCUGCAGAGCAGGCAGAACCUACUAUUCAGCUCACUGCUAAGCAGCCAGAUACUAAUGUGUCCCCCUUGCUGGUCUAUGUGGUCCAUGAGAAAACACUAAGUGAAAAUUUAGAUGAUGCCUCUCAUCACACGGACAACGCAGAGCUCCUUUUUGCAUCCACCGAUGUACCUAUUCAGACUGAGGCCAUGGCUUUGGAACUAGAGGAGCAUAGCCAGCCAUCUCCUUCUGACCCUAGCUCUUUACAAAACACAGUGUGGAAGGAUAUAACCCACUCACAACAAUGCCACACCGAGUUAGUGAGUCUUGAAACAUAUAUGGAAACUGAAGAGGAGACCAGAAAUAUAAAAACACAAGCAACUAUUUUAGAGGAGUCCAAACAAACUGAACACAAGGAGAAAGAGAUAAAUGGAAGUAAGGAAGAAAGAGAGGAGAAUGAGUCAGCAGAUCAGAGGGAACUCACAGAGAUGACUGAAAGGUCCUUUGAGUGUGAUGUUAAAGAUGGAAAAGGAAAUAAUAACAACUUGCCUGAACAAACCGAGAACUCUGAUGCUUCUGUAAGCAAAAUAGAGAGUAGAAGCACCAAUGUGUCAGCAUCAUAUGCUAUUGGUGGAUUACAGUCUGAACUGAAGCAGGACUCUCCGACAGAGUCAUCAUUUUGCCCUGAAUCCAUUGUCUCCAUGGUGACAAACUCACAGGAUGCUUUCCAGGCAUUACUCAAUGCUAAUGCACAAUCCAGUACAGAGGCUAUCCAGCCCUUUGUUCAAAUUCAGUGUGAAAAUGCCUUGAAAACUGAGAAUGAAAAGGAUCGCAAUUCAACAUAUAGUGCACAUGGAGAAGUAAACUGCAGUUUAAUGCAGGAAGAAAAGACUGAUGACCAUGAGGGCACCAAGCAGUCAAAUGAUCAGGAGAGAUCCGACUCUUCUCUGAGGACUAGCAUAUUACCUUCAGAGUACACUUCAGACAGCCCUGGCCAAGCUGUUCGGCCUGUAAUGGAGCUGACAGAGGAGACAGUGGUACCAGGCAAAGAAGAAUCAUGUGAGAGUUCAAACUGGCUCAGAACACUGAGAGAGGCCGCUUCUGUCUCUCAGACUCAGGAGUAUAAGGUUGACAUUCCUCAUGGACCUGCAGGGGACAGACCAUUUGAGACCCUCAACUUGCUUCAAGCUGAGCAAGAAUUCUGCACCCCUGUGGAAGACAGUGCUGCACCAGUGAAGGAGCCUUUAGAGGAUCCACCUGACAGCAGGUGUCCACUGACUGAAGCAGCUGAAAGCAGUGAGUGUGUCCCCUCUUUCCCCCCACCUCCAGAGGAGCACGCCUUCUCUCCUGCUCUGCCCGCUCAUCUGCUCCAGGACAGCGCUGAGUUCCCCACCCCACCUCCCACCCCCCCAGAGAGAGCUCCCCAAGAGCCUGGGCCUGCUCAUCCCACUCCACCCUCUGAUCCUGAUCAGCCCUGCCCUGCUGCAGCUCUCCUUGAUCAAUUGCAGGACACUUCCAGGACUCAGGAGGACCUGAGUCCUCCAGUCAGGAGCUCAGAUUCUGAUGGUGCGUUUGAGACCCCUGAGUCCACGACCCCUGUGAAGACUGCAACUUCUCCAGUGGCCCCAGCUGAACAGCCCCAGGCCAGCCCAGAGCCCUUGCCAUCCGGAGGCUCAGACUCCUGUCCUGACUCUACUAACUCCACUACAGUAGACGUCCCUGCCAGUGAUGUGCUAGGUCCUCUAUCUAGCCGCCCUCCCAGUCGCUCUCUUUCCACUGUUUUUGAUGAAAAUAAGCCCAUAGCCAGCAGUGGCUCUUACAACCUCGACCAUAUCCUCAUUGCAGACCCACCCUUGCCUGCAGUAGACCCUUCAGGCGUGCAGAGUCGCACACCCCUCACCCGCUCACUCAGUCUCCAGUCUGGGGAGUUAGACAGCUCAAGCACUGGAGACAGGCCUGGAGAAGGAGGAGGACCUGACAAAUCCUUUCAUCCCCGUACGGAGUCCUUCAGUAUAGGCACAGAGAGUGCCCCAGGAACCCUCCGCAGAGUCAAAAAGCCUCGGCCAAGCUCCCUGAAAAAGAAGACCCUCUCUAGGCAAAACUCAAACCCAGAGAGCACCACUCCUAGAAGCAAGUCCUCCACCAGCACACCGGAGCUGCAGAAGAGGGAGACGUCCCCCAAUGCUGAGAGCCCACUGCAGGCUCACGAGGAGCAGGAGCAGUCUACUCCUGUACCCAGCCUCGGUGCUGCAGACCCCCUUAGAAGCAGAGUCAAGUCUCAAGUGGAGACCUCCCCACCCGUAGUUGAGGAGAGCAGCCCCACUUCAGCACCAGCAGCUACACAACCCCAGGAAGAGGCUCCACCCGUCCCUGACGGGGACACCCCCUUCCCGCCAAGUGGCAGCUACAAAUGGGACCCAGACAACUUUGAAAACAUUGACCCAUUCUGCACAGGUGGCAGUAAGCUUGCCAACUCCCCUGUCGUGGGCAGGAAAGUGGAUUUUGCCCGUGACUGUGAAACAGCCAAAAGCCCCACUGUCCCUGCUGAGGAGUCCCCUGCCGACACUCAUUCUGCACCUCCUGCAGAGCCACCCCUCAACAUCGAGGAGCAGCCAAUCACCAAGUGGCAGUCUGUCAGACUGGAGUUCGAUUACUCAGAGGAGACUGGGGAGACACCCCAAAGCACUCCGCUCCCUCCCAAAAAACUGGGCAAAAAGCCAGGGGCCAAGAUGCCCCUCCGAAAACCAAAACUGGGGAUUAAAAAGGCCCCACCACCACAAACUGAGCAGCUAGACAAUGCACCUGCUGUGCUCCAGUCAAAUGACAAUGAUGACAUCCUGAUUCCCAAAGCCACCUAUAACUUUGACCCCAACAAAUGGGAUGAUCCUAAUUUUAACCCUUUCUCCUCAAGCAAAGGAAUCCCUAAUUCCCCUAGCCAGUCCAGGGCAAGCUACAGCUUUGACCCAAACUCCUUUGAUGACUCCACUGACCCCUUUAAGUCAUCCAAUAAGAUGGGAAAUUCACCUCCCAAAGCAGCAUCUUUUGAAAUGUCCAGCAAUGACAAUGAAAAUGAUAAUGACAUUGGUGAGCUGGAGGAUCUCAACCAGAAUAAACCAGCCAAAAACAAGAAAAAGCCGCUUAAAUCUAACACUUUUAGAGUGAAGAGGUCACCAAAGAGAUCUCCUGUGUCUGAUAUGUCUGCUCAGUGUUGUCCUGUGUGUCCUCCACUCUUGCCCUCCAUCCCACACACACACCAUCAGCCACAGGAGCCCUCUGUUGACCCCAUGGCCGACCACGCCCAGGACCACGCCACGGACGAAGAGAAACUGGCUUCCUCCUCUAACCAGAAGUGGGUGGCCCGGCAUGAUGUGGAGGUGGAGCUGACCGCCGAUGUCCAUGACUUCCCUCAGCCCUCUGACCUCACAGCUUUUGUCACUGAGGGUAGCUUACCUGCAGGGAGCCAUGACUAUGAGAUUGAAUACAUGGAGAAGAUUGGCACAUCUUCACCGCCUCUCUCAGUGCAAAAACCUUCCCUCUACCUAAAUUUGGACCCAGUGACAGAAAGUUCAAAACAAAGCUCCAAUAUGCAUGACUCAGGACCUAACUCCCCCUGUACAGGGAGUUUUGAAGAAAUGGAGGCACAGAUCUCAGCAGAAGGGAAGUCUCCAGUGCUGCAAUCACGAGGUGCAGCCCCGGACCCUCCCACCUUGGAGAAGAACCGAAAGAGGGAAAGCCAGCCCCUGAGUUGCACCCAGAACAGCGAGCCAGAUGCAGGGUCCCGCUCAGAUCUGUCCCUCCUAGACAGGCUGAGUGAGUCAGCUGCCCCUAUCAACUACCUGGAGCCUGACCUGGCUGAGACCAAUCCCACUGCCUUCGCCCACAAACUGCAGGAGGAGCUUGUACUCGCAGCCCUGAGGAUUGAGGCUCUGCAGGUAGCCCAAAACAUCUCACAGAGUCCUUCUCUAUCCACUGUUUCCCCUCAGAAGUCUGUGGACAGCUCCGCUCAGGCAGAGGUCAAAAUCUGUCAAAGAACAUCUAAGUUCACACAGCAGAGAGAGGUGGCCUCCCCUGGGGACAGUGGCAUGUCUAAGAGCUCCCUGUACUCCCAGGCAGGAUACAGUGAAGGAGAGAGCCCCUACCUACCCAGGGACCUGGACCACUCACUGGGCAUAGCUAGAGAAGAGAUUGUUGCCAAAGAAAAGGAGGUACUGGAGUGGCAAAGGAAGUAUGAGGAGAGUCGACAAGAACUAGAGGAGAUGAGGAAGAUCGUUGCAGAAUAUGAGAAGACAAUUGCACAGAUGAUUGAAAAGCCUUUCGUGAUCCAGGACUCAGCCACUGAGGAUGAGCAGAGGGGGAAGUCUCUGUCCCAUCAUACCAUCCAGCAGCUGAUUGUGGAAAAGGAUCAGGCCCUGGCUGAUCUCAACUCAGUGGAGAAGUCCCUGGCUGAUCUAUUCCGCCGCUAUGAGAAAAUGAAAGAUGUUCUAGAAGGCUUUCGCAAGAAUGAGGAGGUGCUGAAGAAGUGUGCACAGGAGUAUCUGUCUCGGGUGCGCAAGGAGGAGCAGCGCUACCAGGCCCUGAAAAUCCACGCUGAGGAGAAGCUGGACAAGGCGAAUGCAGAAAUUGCUCAAGUGCGCGCCAAAGCUAAGCAGGAACAGGCAGCAUACCAGGCCAGUCUGAGGAAAGAACAAAUGAAAGUGGACUCACUGGAACGCACACUGGAGCAGAAGAACAAAGAGAUUGAGGAAUUGACCAAGAUCUGCGAUGAGCUGAUUGCCAAAAUGGGGAAGAGUUAGCUGAUCUCUGACCACACCAGCACAGGACAAACAAGCAACAGAAGGAGCUAGGAGCUGUAAAGAGGAGAGUGUAAUAUUUGUCCUUUAGAUUGCUGGACAGAAUCAUGGACUGCUCUCAGAUGUUCAACACUACUGAUGUUCUUUAUAAAACUGAUCUGCUGUAGACUGGAAGGACACUCUGGACUACUCCACUGUAAUUAUUUACUGCGCGGUUCAAUGUUUUAAUGUGCACCGACACAUUUCCUGUAACAAGGGUCUUGUAGACAUUUUUUAGAGACGUACUCCCCAUCAGUAAAGAAAUGUUAUGAGAGUGUGCGUAUGCCUGAGAGAGAAAGAGUGCUUGGAGUAAGGAUGAGGUUAAUUGCUAUGUUGCCAUGACAACCACUGAUGGAGCUGACUGUUAAACUAGUUCAUGUGGUACUCUUUUUGAACUUGAAAACACAAGUGAUGAUAAGAAAGACAUUAUCUAUCUAUAUAUAAAUAUAUUAUUAUGAAGUGAUUAUAAAAAAUGCAUGUAGUAGAAUUAAACAUUUUUGUGAAUAUGAGCUGAAUAUAGUAAUGGAACACAUCUGCAGGUUUUGAUACUGUUUCAAAAGCUUCCUUGUGCGUCUUAGUAGAUACACUUUGUUUUAUUGCCUCUUAGCAAACAUGAUGUGUAAUCUUAUUUUUAGGAUUUCAUUUUGAUAUUUUAUUUUGAUUUGUCUUUAGUUCUAAGGUAUCUAAUGAUGUUUGGCUGGGUCUCAGUCCUGCUCUGUUGAUGUGGUGAAGUAGAAGCUUCCUUAAAGAGAAGCCCUGCUCAGUCAUGCAGCACCUGCUCACAAAGUGCAAUAAAAGAUGGCAAUAAA